ACUGUGAAGUCAUGGAGCUACUUGAAGCCAGAUGACGCCCCCAUUACCACAAAUUGGCCAAUGGGAGUAGAGAGGCAGUUGUCCUCCUGGCCGCCAUUAAAGAAUUCAAUCCAUGGACUGAAAUAAUGGAAAUUUGCGGGACCUAUGGAGCAGACAGAGAAUAGUAACCGAUGAAUUAUCUUAAUGAUCUCACGUUUCGUCCGUUUUAAGAGGGGGUUUACUAUGACGGAGCACUGUGGUGGUUUUAGUGAACAGGAGGGCGGUGUAGCCAAUUGUUUUAUUUAGCUGGCAAGCUAGCGUUGAAGCGCUGGUAUGUUAGCUUGUGUGCUAGCAGGCUAGGAGAGAUCAGGGGGAGGGGAGAGUUCCUUUGCUUUGAAAUUGUUUCAGAUGAGCUAGCUAGCUAGCAUUAGCACUAGCGCACCAGAAACUAAGCUUUUGAGGUGAAGUUGUUUUUUUUUUUAGUUUUUGAUCUCGUAUAUUUUUUUGUGCAUAUAACUUUUUCUGGUGUUUGAUGUAACGUUAGUCUAUCCGGGUCAUGUUAAAGUUGACUAUUUGAAGUUAAGGUAAUGGAACAGGAAGCUUUCGGCUAAGCAGAUCAUACAAUACAUUUCAUAUAGGCUUGAUGAAUCGAAUAGCUAGAGGCUUACAGUUGACGCUAUCUGGUUGCCUGUCUAAGGCUAGCUUAGCGACCAGGCUAGUGGUAGCUAGCGCCGGUUAGAAGUUGUCUGACUAGCGGUCGCUAGUUGUAACGUUAGUCAGCAAGUUGGUCAGCGCUGUUAACGAGGUAAUUACAGCGGAACAUCGCUUUGUCAGUAGUUAACUGGAUCAGCUAUUGCUCCCGAUGGUGAUUGAGACAAUGGACUUUAACGUUACAACGACGCAGUGAAAGGAUGAGUUCGUGCUUUGUACCAAACGGGGCCAGUUUGGAGGACUGCCACUCCAACCUCUUCUGCCUGGCUGAUCUGACCGGAAUCAAAUGGCGGCGUUUUGUGUGGCAGGGACCCACCUCCUCACCCAUCCUUUUCCCUGUGACCGAGGAGGACCCCAUCCUGUGUAGUUUCAGCCGUUGCCUGGCGGCAGAUGUGCUGAGUGUUUGGAGGAGGCACCACACCCCUGGUCGCAGAGAGCUCUGGCUUUUUUGGUGGGGGGAUGACCCCAGUUUCGCUGAGCUUAUCCAUAAUGAGCUCUUAAGUGAGGAGGACGGUGAGUGGGAGAGUGGUCUGUCCUAUGAGUGUCGAACGCUCCUGUUCAAAGCCAUCCACAACCUGCUGGAGCGCUGUCUCAUGAACCGCGGCUUUGUUCGCAUUGGCAAGUGGUUUGUUAAGCCGUACCAGAAGGACGAGAAGACCAUUAAUAAAAGUGAGCACCUGUCUUGCUCGUUCACCUUUUUCGUACACGGUGACAGCAAUGUGUGCACAAGUGUGGAGAUCGCUCAACAUCAGCCUCUUCAGCGGCUGAGCGAGGAGCACCUCAGCCUCGCCCAGCAGAGCUCCAGCCCCCUACAAGUCAUCCUGAGCCCCUAUGGUUUGAAUGGGACCCUCACCGGCCAGGCUUUUAAGAUGUCAGACCAUCCUACUCAGAAGCUCAUUGAAGAGUGGAGGCAAUUUUAUCCCAUUGGCCCAAAUCCCAAGGAGGUCCAGGAAGACAAGCUGGAGGAUGCAGACUGGGAGGAUGACUCUCUGGCAGCUGUGGAGGUCCUCGUCGCGGGAGUGAGGAUGGUUUACCCUUCCUGCCUGGUGCUUCUGCCACUGUCGGACCUCCCUGCUGUGGUCCCUCAGGGCUCAGCUAACACCUCAGGAAGCAUGUGCAGCGCUCAGCAGGGCCAGGCUGCUCACAGAGAUCCCGCCAUGUCCUCUGUCACGUUGACUCCUCCAACAUCACCAGAGGAGGCUCAGACAGAUUACCAGCCUGCCCAGAGGUGGCUCAAGUUGUCCUCUGCCUCCGAUGGCUACAGUUCUAAUAACACUCUUCAUGGGGGUAAAAUCCCACGGAGGCUGGCCGGCCAGAUGGUUGAGUGUGUGUGGCAGGAAUGUAACAUAAACCGUACAGGGAACAAGAGAAAGUUUACUGCCUUGACAAAUGGAACCUCUGAGGAGGAGUUGGACAAAACUGAAUUUUGGGAUUUUGUGGAGCCAUCUCACAGGCUGCAUUGCAAUUGUUCGAGACAUAAGAAUCAGAAGCAGCGAUCAAGCAGCACCUCAGGACACACGCCUUUAUCAGGCCAGACUGUCCAGCCGACCCCCAAGCACAAGCUGGCCGAGAAGCUGGAGAAAGGGGAGAAGCAGCACAAGAGGCCACAGACGCCUUUUCACCACCGCAAUUCUGUGAGCGAGGAGCAGUCCCUGGAGCCACAGACCCAGAGGCUGUGUUUAAGAUCACAGGAGGAGGGCUCCUAUCCCAGCCUGCACCAUGUUGACACAGCACCCUCAAAAGCCCCCACGCUGCAUACACAUGGGCCUCCUGCAGACCUUGUCGGAUCCCCGCCUCCCCCUCCUCUCAGCCCACAUCCCUGCGAUCACGUAGAAGGUGACAUGACUCCCGGUGGCAUGAAGAAUUCAUCCACGCCCAUUCACCAACCGUUCUACCCGCCAUCUGUGGAACCCUGUCUGUUGCCACAGAAGUGCUCAUCUGAGGAGCCUCAGCUGGAGAACAUGCCUCUGCCCUUCCCCUCAGCCUACAAUGAAACCUUGGAACCCACUGUUUUUGUUGGUUCAGCCAUCAACCCCAAUGAGGACUCCAGCCACAACCCCUGGAAAUAUUUCAACCUUCCCAAGAGGAAGACGGCCAGCUUCCCGACACCCCAGUUACCUAUGGAUAAAGUACGAGAUGAUUAUGGUGGAGGGGGAGGAACAGAAAAUGUCAUUUCUGUCACUGAGGUGAUGUCGAGCUCUACUCAGCACCUGAAGGUGUCCCAGGAGCUGGUCAAGACAUAUGCCCAGCGGAGAAACAGCCAUCUUGCCUCCGCCACAGGAGAUGGAGAACACAUCGAGAAGCCCGAUCCUUAUGCGUUUGUAGACGAGCCGUUCAGUUUCACCGAGAAGAAGGACAAGCCUGGAGCUGAGAGAGAGGGCAACAAGAAACACAAGGUGGAUGAAGGAAUUGGAACAUCAGGAGAUGAUGGUCAGGGUCCAUCAGGCAGUAAAGCUUCAGCCUCCACCAGCCUCAUCCAUGAGAACGACUUGGCUGUGUCCUAUAGUGACCUGGAUAAAAUCUUCAAUUCAGACGAAGACGAGCUCACACCUGGAUCCAAAAGAGUUGGAGUCGGUACAGAGGACAAAUUUGGCAGUAAAGAGGCUAAACCAGCCACGCUGGACCCAUUGUCAUGCAUAAGUAAGAAUACUGUGCCACAGUUAGGUGUCAUACAUUGUUAGUUUAUACACUUUCAGGGUUACUCUCCCAUGAACAACGGGAGCAAGGAUAGCCUGGAAGCAGGGGUGGGUCUCACCCUGCUGGACGGCAGCCAGCUCAACAACCACUUCAAAAUGGAGGUGGAGGAGGGCUUCUGCAGCCCGAAGCCAUCUGAAGUAAAGGACUUUUCCUUCGUGUACAAACCUGAGACGUGUCAGUUGUUCAUUGGCUGGUCCAAUUACGCCAACCCCCCCCCCAGCCAGUGUCUGUUGCCUAUCAAACUGCCAGAAGACUGUGUGUACACCCCCAGCUGGACCCUGGGCAAAAUGGAGCUGAUACCCCCAGUGACAAACGUCAGUCUCCUCACCAAAGACAGUAACGUCCCCAGUGUGGAACCGGAUUACAGCCAGACCUACACCCCUCAGACCCACACGCCCUUCAUGUCCAGCAGUGCUCCUCCUAGCAACGGCGGCACUGGCAUCCUACCCUCCCCAGCCACGCCUCGCUUCUCCGUGCCCACCCCCCGCACACCACGUACUCCAAGGACGCCUCGAGGCCCGUCCAGCGUCCAGGGCUCACUCAAGUAUGACAACUCUGACCUUUACUCCCCUGCCUCCACGCCCUCCACUUGCCGCCCCCUCAGCUCCGUGGAGCCGGCCACCGUACCCUCAAUCCCUGAGGCUCACAGCCUUUACGUCACCCUCAUACUCUCUGAGUCUGUCAUGAACCUCUUCAAGGAUUGCAACUUUGACAGUUGCUGCGUGUGUGUUUGUAACAUGAACAUCCGAGGAGCAGAUGUAGGUGUGUACCUCAAGGACAACGGCGAGGCCCAGUACCCAUGCACUUGUGGCUUCAGUGCCGUCACCAAUCGGUGCUUUGGCCAGUCAGCUGGGCUCUUCCUGGAGGACGAACUGGACGUGGUGGGACGUGGCUCAGACGCAAGUCGGGACACUGAGCGGUGUUUCGAAGCGCUCCGAGCUUCCACAGUGCACAAGGCAGGCAGCCUGAAGGACAAGCCUCUAGAUGAGCUAAUCCUGCUGCUGCAAGACCAGUGUACCAACCCUUUUGCCCCGAUGGCAGGUGUGGAAUACCCCAAGCUGAGCUCAGCCCCCAGUUCCUUCAUGAGGGUCGGAGAGAGAGACUGUUUUAACGACUGCUACAUGGCACUGGAGCAUGGCAGGCAGUUCAUGGACAACAUGUCAGGAGGCAAAGUAGAUGAAACACUAGUGAAAAGCACUUGUCUUCAUCAGUGGUCAAAAUGCAAAUCAGCAGAUAUGGACAAGCUGUUCUCUCAGGACAUCCUGCGGGUGUUGUUGUCCCUCCAGCCUGUGCUACAGGACACCAUUCAGAAGAAGAGGAGUGUUCGUUCCUGGGGCGUUCAGGGACCGCUCACCUGGCAACAGUUCCACAAGAUGGCUGGGAGGGGAUCAUAUGGUACAGAUGAAUCACCGGAGCCUCUUCCCAUCCCGACUUUUUUGGUCGGUUAUGAGUAUGACUUUGUGGUGCUGUCACCUUUUGGGUUGCCCUAUUGGGAGAAGCUUCUCCUGGAUCCUUUUGGUUCUCAGAGGGAUGUAGGAUAUGUUGUGGUUUGCCCAGAAAAUGAGGCUCUGCUCCACGGGGCCAAGACCUUCUUCAAAGAUCUAAGUGCUAUGUAUGAGGCAUGCCAGCUAGGGCAACACAGGCCCAUCUGUAAGAGUCACCCAGAGGGUGUUUUGAAGGUUGGCACCACAGAAGGCAGGAGCAUGACAGAGCAGCCCCUUAGUGAAUGGUUCCUCAAGUUGUCUGCUAGAGAUGGAAACAAUGAAGCCUUUAAUAAGCUCAAACUCUUUGCUCAAGUGUGUCGCUAUGACCUAGCUCCAUACCUGUCAGAGCAGUCUCUGGAUAGCUCUCUGUUGUCCCAGCGCAGCCCAGCCAUGGCCGCAUCCUCCUGUCAGACGUCCAGCUCUUCCAGCACCUCCUCAGGACACCAGAACACCAACACUACGAGCUCGAGCACCAGCUCUGCCCAGCCUGCCCAGGUCAACAGCACCCCUCCCUCUUCCUCCUCAGGAUCUCAGACUAUCGGUGGGGUAGCCUCAGCCAAGCCGAGCUCCUUCUCAAUGUUUGGGACAGGGGGCUUACAGGGCAGCACGUCUCAGAAUGGACCCCAGUCAAAUCCACAGGGUGCAGGGGGGCUGGCUGAAAAUGGGCCCUCAGCCAACCAACCUCAAGGGCCCACUGAGACACCAGAGAGCACAAUGGAGAGAGACAAAGUGGGAAAGCCAACCGACGCAGAGUCCCACGCUGUGUCUUACCCGCCUGCUAUUGUGGUGUACAUAGUCGACCCUUUCAGCUACGAAGACGCAGACAGAGAGGUCCACUCUGGGACCUACACGCUCGGCCUGCUGCGCUGCUACAUGGAGAUGCUCCAACUCCUGCCUGCUCACAUCAGAAACGCUGUCUCAGUACAGAUUGUUCCCUGUCAGUAUCUGCUGCAGCCGGUGCACAGUGGGGAGCGCCACCUCUACAGCCAGCACCUCAAGUCGCUGGCCUUCUCUGUGUUUACUCAGUGUCGUCGGCCUCUACCCAACUCCACCAACUUUAAGGCUCUGACGGGCUUUGGCCCUGGUCUUGCUAUUGACAUGGCACUCAAGAACCCAGAGGUAGUUUCAUUGAUGCUCCUGUACACUCCACCCUUCAUUUUGGCUCCAGUGAAAGACAAGCAAACGGAGCUCGGGGAGACGUUUGGUGAAGCAUCCCAGAAGUACAACAUCCUGUUUGUCAGCUACUGUCUGUCCCAUGACCAGCGCUGGCUGCUGGCGUCCUGCACUGACCAACACGGAGAACUGCUGGAGACCUGCAUCAUCAGUAUUGAUGUACCCAACAGGGCUCGCAGGAAAAAGGGCUCAGCCAGACGACUGGGUUUGCAGAAGCUUUGGGAGUGGUGCCUCAGCCUGGUGCAGGUGACAUCGCUGCCGUGGAGGGUGGUCAUUGGUCGGCUUGGUAGAAUGGGCCACGGCGAGCUGAGAGACUGGAGUAUCCUGCUGAGCAGGAGGAACUUGCAGUCCCUCAGUAAACGUCUGAAGGAGACCUGUAGGAUGUGUGGCAUCUCUGCUGCUGACACUCCCAGCAUCCUUAGCGCCUGUCUGGUUGCCAUGGAGCCCCAAGGUUCCUUUGUCAUCAUGCCAGACUCUGUGUCAACAGGUUCAGUGUUUGGUCGCAGCACCACAUUGAACAUGCAGACAUCGCAGCUGAGCACUCCUCAGGACACCUCCUGCACACACAUCCUGGUGUUCCCCACCUCCGCCAUGGUGCAGGUCAACACUAACACUUCAGAGCCCAUCGACAUAAACUUCAAUCCCAUAAACCCUGAUGGAUCUGAUGGAAUGGGCCUCUUUGACCUGUUUGACAACGACAUGGUGGAUCCAGACCUCAUCAACAUCCUGCCCAACUCCCCCACUACCUCCCCUGUUCACUCUCCUGGCUCUCACUACCACCAGGGGGGAGAUGGAAGCAAGGGGCAGAGUGCAGACCGCAUGGAGUCGCAUGAGGAGGCUCUGAACAUCCUGCAGCAGCCCAUGGCUCUGGGCUACUUUGUCUCCACAGCAAAGGCUGGACCACUGCCCGACUGGUUCUGGUCGGCCUGCCCCCACGCCCAGAACCAGUGCCCACUCUUCCUCAAGGCCUCUCUGCACCUGCACGUGAACUCCGUCCAGUCAGACGACUUUCUGCAUAGUAAACACUCCCACCCCCUGGACUCAAACCACACCUCUGAUGUGCUCAGAUUUGUUCUGGAGCAAUACAACGCCCUCUCCUGGCUGACCUGCGACCCUGCAACCCAGGACCGGCGCUCCUGUCUGCCUGUCCACUUUGUGGUGCUCACCCACAUGUACAACUUCAUCAUGAACAUGCUCUGAAAUCUGAUGGGAUCAAACUGGUGAGGUCUGGACGGGUCACUCAGCUGAAUUAGGGAUUCCCUCUUCUCCCCCCAAAGGACCUCACACUCACUCCAUCAGGGCAAAUGUGGAGGAAGCACCCCUCCUCCCUGGUGCAUCUCACACACCACUGACUGAAUGGAAGUUUCCAGUCAAUCAAACCAAUGCCAAGAAUCCAUUUUAGCAUUUUGGAAGAUAAAGGGACAUUUCAUACAGGAAAAUAAAUUCUUUUUAAUGACUGUAGAUUGCAGUUUAUGAAAUUUUAUCUUAAAGAAAUGCCUGUAUAUAUUAUUUAUUGUAACUUUUUAAAUGUGGAAUUUUUAAUGCUUAAUAUCUUUUGUAUAUUACAAAUCCUAGAGGGUGUGUACAUCUCACUGUAAAGGAACUGGUUUAAAAAGUGUAAUUUUCUCAAUUACAACAUUGAACAACUGUUCAAGUGAAUUUGCUGUAGAUUGCCUUUAGAAAGUUAUUUUUUCAAAGGGUACAGACCUUUUUAUUGCCAUGCUGUAAAAAUGAAGUAAACGCUGGGCUGGGCGUUUGAGUCCCGCCCGAUGAGUGGAUGAGACUUGGCCCUCUGUUUGCUUUGGCUCUGGGGUCUCUCGCACAGUGACUCAGUGAGCUCUUAAGAGGAAAAAAUAAAAGGUACAUUGUCAGAUUAUAUAUUUUAUAUAACAGAUUUAGGUAACUGUGUGUGGAUAUGUGUACAUAUAAUUGUGUGCCGCUACUGAUGGUGCAGCUUCUGUUUUAGGAAUAAAGUGCAUCUACCUUA